AUGGCCGCCAUGGACAGAUUCUCCUCAAAGCUACGGACGCUCUUUCAGGAGAGGAUGCCGGUAACGUCGUCCGCGACGCCUCCCAGAACCGGACAGAGAAGCCAGGAGCGCGAGAGGUUUGAGCCUUACGGCGACAGCAGCAGCUUCGGCGCCUCUGGCCGCACCCAAGCGUCAGGCUACGGCCAGCAUUCUCAGCCGCCGACGAAUAGCUGGGGCCAAUCCCAGCCAACAUGGGUAAAUCCCAGACCGACCUGCCCAGUAGAAACAACGUACGGCCCACUCCAUGCUUUGGCCGUAUCACUGGGGCAAAGCAGCCCCACGCAUUCCACGGUCCAGCAACUUGGCCCAGUUCACACCGUGGCCGUCCAGACCCAUCCUGGCCCAAGCAGCGCGACCACUACUUCGUCAUAG